AUGGAGUUCACCGUGGUGACGACCUCCAAUGCGCCCCCGAAGCCGAUCUUGGCCGUGCACACGGGCAGCGUCUGCCGCCAGAUGAAACUGGAGGUCAACCACCCCUUCGUCCUGCCGAAUCCUGGUUCCACUGCAGCAGUUGAGGUCUCGGUGUUCCAGCAGCUGGCGAGUCAGCUGCUGCCGGAAGAUGGCAAGGCAGAGACUGCUUGUACUAUACCUGUUCGAACACCGGACGGGACUGCAACACAGGUUCAGCUUGAGAUACGAAGGGAGAUCCUCAAGGGUCGGCCCAAGUCCGUGCAGGGCAUUCCGGAAUACUUGGAGACCCACAAGGUCCAGCAGCGCAUCCAGAAUCUUAUACAGGAUGUGCUGCGCGAGGCUCCGGACGAUCCAUACAGGUUCAUGCUGCGUGAACUGAAGAAGAUCCAGGCUGCUUCGCCCAAGAAGGCGGUGAAGGAGCCCCUGGUACCGCACCCGCCUGACAAGCCGAAGCCCACAGGAUCACGACCUCUUCCAGGCCGCGCUGCCCCGCCCGUCCCCGUUGCACCCAAGGUGCAGAUUGACAAGUCGGAUUGGCGGCCCAGCAGGCACGUGCUGCGCCAAGUGCUGGAGAGUCCAAGAUGCCGGGAAGUUGGAGAGCAGUCCAUCGUCCAAGGCGUUUGUCAAAAAACAUCGCUCGGGAUGGCCAAGUGUAUCAUGGACACCGCGUGUGACAAAGUCAUUAGCAAGGCAUCUGGUCGAAAUGAGAUCAGGGCCCUGGCAGCUACAGUCGUCAAAGCGACAGUUGCGAUGGCUGCGCACACACUCCAGCUGCAGAAAAGCGGCGUCCUGACGAAGUGCACCUUAAGAUGUGCUUUUAUUGGCGCACUUCGCAGACUAGGCACGGAUGAAGUUGGCGAACAGCCGAGAGCCUCAGACGACAGCGGAUACGACCGCAGAGCUUUUGGUUUGUUGACCGUGGGCAAGUGGCAGAGCGGGCCGCAGGAGACGCAGAUUCUGCCGGGGGGCGGUGCUUCCCACGAGCAUGUGACGGAGCUGGAUGCGUCCAUUGUGGAAGUCCUAGAGGGCACCUCGCUCCGCGAAGGAGGCUUGGCAGAUGAUGGCCUUGGGGUAAUCAGCCCAGCGAACUUGACGCCGAGUGAGGCGGGCCAGACUUCCCCCAGUAAGAGCCGCAUCGCGCUACUGUCGCCCACCCGCACUGACAUCCUGAAGCGGAUUAAAGGUGUCGGAACACCGUCAUUCGUGGGGAGGGUGGCGGGCGCCACGACCGCUGCGCUGACCGAGGCGUCCAGCCUGCUCUUGGAUGAGAUUUCAGGAUGUCCCGUUGGUCUCACUUCCGCAACCACCGCUUCAUCGACGCAGAGGAACAGCUUCACCAAAACCAAGAGCCCCACUGGGGUGAACGAUGGGCGAGGGAGAUCAUCUAAAGAGGCGACAGGGAGAUCAUCGAAAGAGAUGCUGGAAAGGCCUCGCCGUGAGCGCCGGGGCCGCGCCGGGGAGUUCCGCCAGCGCCUGGACGUCCUGCUGGCCACCGACUCCAGCGCGCGGGCGGUGGCGGGGCAGCUGUACAAGCGCUUCGAGGGUGACCUUAGCAGACUUCCGGCCCUACUCCAGCUUCUAGAAGACAGGAUGCACCAGGAGUCCAUCUACAACAUCAUCCCGCCCAAGCCCAUGGUGCAGGAGCGACCGCCCAUGUACAAGUCCAAGCAUUCGCAUGCCUUGCCGCCCUCUGCUUCCACCUUCCCUCCUCAGGGCACGACCUGCGCCGUCGCCAACAUCGGGGGCUCUUUGGAUCAGCCUGGCGGUGACAAGUCACACUCCACCUUCGGUAAGCCGAAGGGAGCGUACUGUGAUGAUCCUGGCCUCUACUUGAAGAAGCAGGAGCGAAGUGGUGGCAAGGUGCUAACUCUCAAAGAGAUGAAGAAGGAGCACCCGGAAGCCCUGGUGCCGAAGCAGCUGAAGCCUCAGACGCGGCACGGGCCGCCGCAAGCGACGGAGAAGCCAGUCAUGAACCUGGUGACCAGCAAGAACUUUAUCGUGGCCAACGCCGUGGAGGUGAUCCUGGCCGCGCCCAAGAAGGUGCCGGAGACCACCAAGGACUACCUGAAGAAGGAGGACUAUGGCAAAACUCCCAAAUAUUUGCAGCACAUCAAGCAGGACAUUGAUGCCGAGUACAACUACAUCAGGGCGCUGCAAGAACAGCAAGCUCAAGCAGAGGCCGAGCGAGUCCGACCACUGGCAGAGGACGAGAGACAGGACUUGCUCGAGGGCCUCAAAGCCAAAUGGGAGCAGGUGAAUACAGCCUUCCAGGCCGGCACGCACGUGACAAACCUUGACACCAUGGGCAAGCUGAAGCGCAAGGAGAAGCACGAGGCCGAGCUCUCCCAGCUGGAGAAGGACAUCGAGAAGCUCAGCAAAAGGAGCAUCCUUGUGAACUCCGAGAGUUGA